UCUCCAAACGAUAACUUACAGAUCAUCCGGCAUUCGUAUUAGUAUAUCACAAACCUCGGGACUAGCUACAUUUCUAGAAAUAUUUUUUUCACCAAAAAUAUUUAGAUUUUCCUAUUUAGAUUAGGCCGACGCCGCAAAAGUACAAACUUAUAAAUUCAUUGUUAAUUUUUAGCAAUACGAAAACUAAAAACAACGAAAGUCAGAAGCAUCUAAAAUCGUAUAUCUUUGAGUCGAACCGAAUCGAUUCGAAUCGCGGAGAGCUCCUCUGGUCUAACUGAAUCCACAAAUAUGAAUCCGACCAAUCUGGGCAAGCAGAACGGUGCACUGGUGCUAGAGGUGUUGAAGGUGCUCGGUCGUCCGGCAACUAGUUUCGAGGUUGCAGAGCGUGUGGCCGAUGUCUAUAAGCUGCCGCUGCAACCCAUCCGCCCAGUGGUGACCGAUGUGCUCGAGGGUGGGGUGCGCCAGGGGUUCUUUAGCUGCAGCGGUGGCCGGUACUCGGUGGUGCAGCCAGUGGUGGACCAGCUGAGCCGGGACAUCGACCAGUAUGCGGCAGAGAUCCUGGCCCUGGACAGCCAGUCAAGUAGCAGCGGCGGAGACGACGAUGACGGGAAUGCGAGUGCCGCCGGACAGCCGCUGCCACAGAUGUCGGAACUGAUGCUCAAGCUCCAGCAGCUGGACGGAUCGCCACCGAUGGUGAUCGUGAACCGCUACCGCCGCGUCUCAGCCGGCGAGCAGCGAGAGCACACCCCGUCCGGAGACGUGCCCAUGGACGAUGUCAUUCUCAUGCUGCCAGUCUCGCCCCUACUCUAAACAAAUUCUCCAUUAUUGCAAAUUGUAAGACCCAUUGCACAGUUUUGUGAGUGCUCCAUGCGAAGACCCACACCAUCCAUACAACCACCACACAUUCAACCUUAACUGGCGUCAAAUAAACUAGGCAAUGGUUCAUGUUACCAUCGUUGCGAAUCGGGAGCAAGCA